GCCUGACAAAGUGUGGCAUCUCAUAACAGCGCCACCCCGUGGCCAUCGAUGGAGUUACCAUGUUUUGCGGAACGUUCCCGUCACGUGUGCAUGCAGCGCUUCAGCAAGACGAAGUGAUGAAAACAGUGGCCAGCGUUGCAUCAUGGGUAAAGCAAGAGGAAGUCAAGCCAACCAAGAAGAUUGCGCGAUGUGAAUGAGCGAGCCCGCCACCCGCGGAACGAUAACAUAGCAUACACGGUUUGCGUGUAUCUGUCUCCUUUAGUUUUUUCCGUGAAAAUUAAGGGUCAAUAACGGUUGUUAGAAAAAUAAAUAAAGAGCGAGAAAGAAAGGAAAACGUCGGAUUUUAUUUUCAUUUUCUAUUGGUUCCGGGCUCUUGUUUCUGUCCGGUGACGUGAUGCUGACGGACCAACUCGACAUGUCUGCAGCGGAUGAAAAACUCGUCAAAGUGUCUCAAAAUGAGGACGAGGACAAACUGCAGCUGAUUAAAGGUGCCGUCUUCCUGGGCACGGUUUCGUCUUUGGGCCUCAUUGCGGGCUUCGGAUCCACUUUGGCUUUGGCCAAGAAGAACAACCCCGACUGCUUCGCUAAGGGCGCCACGGCCACGGCGGCGCUGCCCGAGAGCGGCGCGGCGCUGGCCCUGCGAGCGCUGGGCCGAGGCUCGUUGUACGCGUGCUGCGGCGUGGGCCUGCUCGGCUUCGGCGUGUGGAAGCUGCUCGGCGUUCGCGGCCUGUCCGACUUCCGACAGAAAAUGUCGUCGUUGUUCCCGCCCGUCCCCAAGUCGGACGCGGUCCCGGGAUCUGAUCCGCAAGAAUUGGACUCGCUCUUCAAGUCCAAGUGACGGAACCUGUUGGCAUGCAUCUGAAAGUGACUUAUGAGAAGACUGGUGGUGCUUUCGAGGACUCGUGGUGCGUUCAAGGACUCGUUUGAGGACAUUUUCUGUUUGUGGUUAACUUCACACCUGUCACACAUCAACCCUUGGUUGCUUGUUGAUGUUAUCGUACAAAUACGCGGAAUAUGAAUACAUCACUGUAUACUUUGCAGUGGAUAUAAAAAGUCCACACACCCCUGUUCCAUGCCAAGUUUUUGUGAACUAAAAAAAUGAGACCAAGAAGAAUCAUUUCAAAACUCUUUCCUCCACUGAUGUGACCUUUAACCUGUAGUACUCAAAUAUAUUUUCGAGAGGGAAAGUAUUGUACAAGUGUACACACCCUCUUAUAUAUGUGGCAGUCUUCAGAAUUAACCAAUCACAUUUAAGCUUCAGUUAAAUGGCUGUCAGCCCACACCUGCCACCGUUUUAAAGUGCCUCGGAUUUAUCAAACUUUCUUUUACCCAAAUGCUUUUGGGAGAUUUUGUCCUUUUUUUUUUUUUGCCACCUUACCUACUUGGUUGCCCAGACAUGAAGAAGACGGGAGAUUGUUGUCACAUGUAAUGAAUAGCCAGUUCGCCUUCUUGCCAGACAUUUCUGCAGCACCUUCAAUGUUGCUGUCGGCACCUUGCCAGCCUCCCUCACCGCUUUUCUCGUGGUCUGUCCAUCAAUUUGGAAGAGACGUGGAGUUCUUGGUAAUGUCACUGCUGUGCCAUAUUUUCUCCACUUGCUAAUGACUGUCUGUUUUCACUCUGUCCCAUGGUCUAUGUAACGCCUUUGAAAUUAUUUUGUAUAAGGACCGUGGCUUGUGCUGUAAGGUGUGACUACAAAAAUGUAAGGAAAAGCCUACCUGAACAUCUGAACUUUAGUUGGGGUUAGGCCAAUUAUAUAUUACUGGUGCACUCACUGUAGUAGUCUCGCCACGCUGCACUAUUUGCAUAUCUGUUGUUGACCGAUACUGGCCACUCAUGCCAGAGUAGCAUCUGCUCCAUUUGCACACUGAUUGAGGAGUAUCUGCACCAUUUGCACAAUCAACAUUGUCCCAGAUUAUCGUACUACUCGCUUGAAGUCUCGGCGCCCUUUGCACAAUGCUCAUUGCGCCGGACUGUAGCUAUACGAGUCAUUCAAACUGCUCUAAGUGCUAGAGGACUCUGCAUCUUUUUGCACAAUUGUCCCCAAAAAAAUUAUAAUAAUUGUACCGGCGUUACCAGAUAACUAGCAACCCUUUGUUGCGCAGUGACUGUUUUUCUCAAUGUCUUUAUGUCUCAAAGUGUUCUCUGUCAAUUGAAUGUCUGUCGUCGUACUCGAGCGGCUCCAACUACCGCAGACAAAUUCCUUGUGUGUGUUUUUUGGACAUACUUGGCAAAUAAAGCCGAUUCUGAUCAAAGGCACUGUAA